CAGCGUUGACGCAUCGUCCUCCUUCGUCCUGCAACGGUUUCUUGGCUCUUUUGUUCUUGGCCCCAAAACGGUUUCCCAGGCGCUAUUUGAACCCGCAUCAAGUAUACGCAGUGUGGGCCGUGAGCAUCGCGUGCCUCCGUCGCUAAUUCCACGCUCUAAUGAAGUUAUUGGGUGCGUGAUUCCUGCGCUAAUCUCUGGUCAGGCCAAGGAUCAAAAGGACGCGCUCCGGCAGCCCGAAGGCUAAUUGAAAAGUCUCAUCAAAAUCAACCGACCAGCAUUGGAAACUUGACUCUUUCGGUUUCGAAAAUCAAAAGCCGCAAUGAAGUUGGUCGUAUACCUUUACCUAUCCAUGAUUGUGCUGGGCGUUCAGGCCUGGCCCAGUGUGAAGCGGUCGUUUGAACUAUUUCCCGGCAGCCCGGCGGUGCCGCACAAUGUGCACACGGUCUCAGAUUGUAUGCACGUGGCCUCCGAGGCAGGUGACUAUAUUUUCAAGAAGCUCCAUCCCAUGAAUUCAGCCCUUAAUCGGGAGGCAGCCUUGCUCGAAUUGGAGGCAGCAGCUGUAGUUGCCGGAGCGGGAGCCGGAAUGGCAGUUCCUGGAAUCACAGAACCUGGGGCAUCUGCUACGGAGGACCAACCCGAAGUCUGUGGGCUGUAUGUAAUUGGCGAGCCAGACACUAUUGUGGAGAUUACAAUGAAACACUAUGAUGCCAACUGCGAGACAGGAGCCCUAAUGGCGUUUGUGGAUGGGUGGGAGCUGAAUGGCGAGUACUUCCCGGGCAUAAAAGAUCAUCACCGACCACUGGAGGAGCGAGUUUACGAGUUUUGCAACAAUUACAGACAAUGGCCUCGUAUUAGCAACAAAAAGUUCUUCCGCGCAAGUCAAAAUGCCGCCCUGUUGCAGUAUAGAAUUCCUAUUCGUGGAUCCUUUGUGGCCAACGUACGAUUCCACAAAAUAACACAACCCUGUAAUGUUUUGGUCCAGGACACCGCUGCUGUUUACAAGAUGACUAACUUUGGUCAGGCCCGGAACUGUACCAUUUCCGCCCUUUUCCCCGCUGUUGUUUCCCUGGCCAACUUGCGUAUUGGUGGAAAGAGUGUAAGAGCCCAGCAGAAAGUCAACUACGAUUGUCAAGUGCCCAGUGACCGUCUGGAGAUUGGAGGAUCCGCUGGACUGGACUCGAUCGCCAUGGAGAUGGCCAGUUCCGUUUGUGGAGCUUCCAGUGAGCCGGGACCCGAGCAGGCAAUCUUCUGCGGGGUCAGCACUGUGCGGCUGGUGUCCUCCGGGCGAUACCAGAACCAGGCCGCCCUUGUCCUCCGAAAGGCCGAGGACCAGGACCUGGACAUAGCCACGCUCAUCUGCGCGCUCUAAGCGGCCAGUAGUAAGGAGCUAUGCUAAUCGAAAACCAAAUCCAAGUGUGUAUAUGUUUGUAAAAAAAAAAAUAAGAAAACAGGAAACCAGUACAGCGGCCAGGAGAAGAAAUCGCCCGGACUCCACAGUAGUGCUUAAACUUAACUCUUAACUUAAUCCAACUAAUUCGCAAAGUAUUCUCUACCAAAGAGGCAUCUUAAGUAAUUUAUAUAUAUAUAUAUACCAAUAUAUAUAUAUCUGUAUAUGUAUAUCGAACAUUCUGAGUGUUGACUACAAAGAAUCGUGUGUGUUUA